AUGUCUUUUCUUCAUACGCAUUUGAGCGAGUGCUUAAAGAGUGAACUCGAUCUCUUUUCUUUACCGCCUACGCAAACCAGUAUCGAGAAUUCGCAAUGGAUUCAUUACAAACCCGUGACCUCUUUCUCGGAUGAUUCACCGAUAGAAUUCAUCGUCCCAGGACACGGAGAAGAAUAUCUAGAUCUCACGCAUACCCUGCUGAGUCUUCGCGUGCGCGUGAAAUCAGGCGACGAUUCAACGGCUCGAGCUCCAGGAACGAGCGGCAGCGCUGGCACGGAGAGCGUCGUAGGCCCCGUAAAUUAUCUACUUCAUUCCAUCUUCAAUCAGGUCGACGUCGACCUAAUAAUUACUCCUUCUUCAAGAUUGUCAGUUAGCUCACUGAUAGAUAGUAGAUAUUCUAAAUCAUCUUUGUACACACUAAACAAUGACAUAGAGGAUUUUCAAGAUACAGAAGAUACAGAAAAUAUACAAAAAGUACAAGAUAGAGAUAAUGUACAAGAAGGUACAGAAAAUGUACAAGGUACAGAAAAUGUACAUUGCAACAAGUCUACACAAAAUAAAAGAUUUUCUGAUAUUGAAGACGCUGAAUCUGUAGACUGGAGUAGUGGCGAAUCAGAACCAAAUAAAUCUGAUGAUAAACGAGAUAUGACUGGUGCAUCUGAAGCUAUAAAUACUGAUUUACCCAAUGAUAUAGAUGAAGAAUAUCCUGAUAUAUUUUACGACAGUUUAUUUUACCCUUCUGUAAAAGAUUUUACGAGUCUAUCCGGUAUUUGCGAUAGUAUUCUUGUUCAAGAAAUGAUAACAAUGCAAACUAACCUUUAUCAGGAACAAAAUCCUGAACCCUUGCGUUCAAAAAUGAAACCCUGGAAACCAGUAACAGUAGAUGAAUUACAAAUUUUCUUCGGACUUACAAUCAAUAUGGGACAUGUUCGAAAAGGCAUUCUUGAAAACUACUGGAGUAAAGAUCCUCUGCUGGCCACUCCACUUUUCGGGAAUAUCAUGUCUCGGAAUAGAUAUGUGCAAAUUUUACGUUACUUGCAUUUUACGAACAACGAAGAAAUAGUGAAUCAUCCUUUGAAAAAAAUAAAACCUAUAAUUGACGAUCUAAAAAAUAAGUUCUCUAAUAGUAUAAAACCAGGAAAAAAUCUUUGCAUUGAUGAAAGUUUGGUUUUAUGGAAAGGAAAGCUAAGGUUCAAACAAUAUUUACCAUUGAAACGAAACCGUUUCGGUAUCAAAUUGUUUGAACUAGUUGAUUGCGAGGCUGGAUUUUUACUAGAUUUCAUUGUAUAUACAGGCUCAAAUACCGAUUACGAAAAGUUUGGGUUGGGUAUUUCUGGUGACAUUGUAGCUCAUUUUCUAAAGCCAUAUUUUAGCAAAGAUCACGUUAUCUAUAUAGAUAAUUGGUAUUCAUCUCCACAGCUGGCUAAAUUUCUACACGACCGUGAUACAGGAAUUUGUGGAACUGUAAGAAAGAACAGAAAAGGAAUGCCAAAUCUAAACAAUAAACUGAAGAAAGGUGAAAUACAGAUUGGUCACAAUGACGUCUGGUUAGUCAUGAAAUGAAUGGAUAAAAAAGAAGUAUAUAUGAUUACAUCAGUUCAUGAAGUUGGAUUUUGUUCUACUGGUAAAAAGGAUUGGAAAACUGGAGAUAAUAUCAUAAAACCAGUGUGUAUUCAUGAAUAUAAUCAAAACAUGGGAGGUAUCAACAAUAUUGAUAGGCGACUAUCUCUGACAGAGGCCAUCAGAAAAUCGAUGAAAUGGUACCAAAAAUUGUUUUUCCACUUAGUUGAUUUGGCUUUGACAAAUGCCUAUGUACUGUACAAAAAGUUAAAUACGAAAGAGAACAUUUCCUACCCUGAAUUCCGUUUACAGGUGGUCAGAAAUUUGCUCAAACUUGACUCUAAUGAACAUUCGUAUUCAGUUUACUCCAGUAAUCUACGACUAACUGGACGUCAUUUUUUUCAUCAAAUUCAAAAUGAACACUCGACAAAGAUAUUACAGCGUCAAUGUGUGCUCUGUGCAAUGAAUAAAAUAAAACGACGUUCUACCUAUGAAUGCAAUAGUUGUCAUCAAGCUUUAUGUGUUACACCUUGUUUCGAGAUUUACACUCUA